GCUCUGAUGAUCAGUUCUGGAGUGAACGAAAAGUCAUGCAGGAUAUAAAACCAGAAGAUCCAGAAUUUUGGUGCCAAAUGUACACCAGGAGAACAGAAGAACAGACAUCCAAGAAAAAAACAAAGUUAAGAGUACGCUCGAAGAGUUACAGCCCAACUCGCAGCCUGGGAAAUUACAGUCACAAUUUGAAUCUGACUGGUCAACUGGAAAGGCCUUCUUAUGGCUCCACAUGCCUGGUAUCUCUUUCAUCACCACUGGCUACAAAUUCUAAAGAUGAUAAGAAAAAAGAUUCCAUUGAAAUUGACCAGCAUAAGAGGCAGGAUGAGGGUAAAGGCAAUGCUGCACGUAGUAAAAUACACUAUGAUGUAACUGAAGUGACUAAAAACAACGGAGAAGUUUCACCUGUAAAGAGAAAGAAGACAAGAGGAAAGGCCCGAGCUCAUGAUCGCGCUACCAUGCAGUUUAUCAGGAAGGCCAAAGCAGACUCUAUGCCUUGCUGUGAACAAAACUCAACUGGCCAAUUCAGUUCCUAUAGCAACUUGGAUGCAGAUAAUGUGAACAGAAAAGUAGACAAAUCAAAUCUUAAAAAAGUAAAUACAUGUACUUCAAAUUUAGACCUUGAAAAAGAGACUCCGGGAGUGGCAUGUAAUAUCCAGCAGGAAGCUGGAGAAAUGCAAGACAAUCAACCAUGUCUUUCAUCCAGUUCUGGGGUGCAUGGUUUGUGUCCAGGCAUUACUCAUAAUGCGUAUGUUCUUCAUUGGUUGCAGCAGCAUAGUGGUCAGCCACAAAACCAGAAUGUAGACAGAAAAAAUCCACAUUUGCAUAAUAGUCCUUGUCAUCUGUCAUUCCAGGCACCUUCUAAUAGUUGUUAUCCAUUUCAUAGUAGCCCAGUUCAUCAGUCACAGUAUGCUUAUAGUGACUGCCCAUGCACACCUGGCAUGCAAGACAUGACUAAUGAACUAAUGACUAUGAUCCAACAAGAAACAUCACAGCCAUCUUGUUUGCUUCAGCCACCAGGGGAUUUUCAUUCAAUUCCAUGUCAAAAUCAACACCAAAUUCCUAUUUCUCCCGGUGCCAAGUCUUUUCUAGCCAUGUUGCAACACAAGCCUGAAAUGUCAACCAUACCUUGCAGCCAUUGCCCAACACACCUGUCUUCCAUUGAACAAACAUGUCAUGCCCUUGGAAAUGUUUGUCAUCCUUCUUCAAGCAUGAAUGUACAGUGUGUCUCACAUGGUGGCCAAGCAUGCAACAGCCCGCAGCACUCGGCCUGCUCACCAAUUGUCAGCCCACCUCGGUUACAGCAUAAAAGUCCUUGCAGCAGAUACCAUACUCCCAACAUAAAUAUGUGUUCCUUAGAGCAUGCUGCCAUGUUGCUGCAUCGAAGUCAACUACACGACAGUCCUGUACGUCUCAAUACAAGUAGUCUCGGAGCAAGCCAUGGAAGUCCAGCAAGAACGACAAUGAUGCAGAACAGCCCUGCAAACUCAUCUCAACAGAUACUUGAAGAUAGCGUAGCAAUGAGCUCUUUCUACGAUGGCAAUGCUGAUAGGAGCAAAUGUGAUGACAAAAGUACCAGUGAAAACCCAGCCCCUAUUGGUGUUUUCUGGGAUAUUGAGAAUUGUGCUGUACCUCGUGGCAAGUCAGCAUUGGCUGUUGUUCAGAGCGUGAGAGAUAGAUUCUUUAGUAACCACAGAGAGGCAGAAUUCAUGUGUGUCUGUGAUAUCAACAAGGAGAAUGCAACAGUGAUACAAGAGCUUAAUGAUGCUCAGGUAACCGUGGCACACAUCAAUGCUACUGCUAAAAAUGCGGCAGAUGACAAACUGAAGCAAAGCUUACGCCGAUUUGCUGACACACACAGUCCUCCAGCUACUGUAGUGCUCAUAUCAGGUGAUGUCAAUUUUGCACGCGACCUGUCUGACCUACGGCAUCGUAACAACCUACGGGUCAUUUUAGUUCAUCGAGAUGAAGCAUCAGAAGCUUUGAAGGCAUGUGCUAACGAGGUGGUCAGAUACCAAGACCUAGUUCAUGACUUGCCUUACAGAUCACCUACUAAGCAAUCUGGUGUUGAAAGCUGUACACUCAUAAUACAUAACCUUCCAUGCCGUAAGGAUGCCAGUCAACUAAGAAAUCGUCUUAAGCAACUGUCUGAAAACUGUGGUGGCAAAGUCAUACAUGUAUCUUACAAGAAUGCUGUCAUCCAGUUCCCAAAUAUGGAGAAAGCAAGCAGGGCCAAAAUCCGACUUGAUGGAGAAAAUGUAUUCGGCAAUAAGAUCUCAGUAGCUUACCCGAAGAACAAAAAUACCAACUCACCAGUGAGGCAUUCAAACAAGGUCUCACCACAGUUGAUUCAGGACAACAAUGAAGAUAUGAUGGUGUCUCAGUCAGACAGCAAAGAGGAAGAAGAAGAUGAGCGGUAUGAUUCCGAGGAAGAGGUGAUUGAAGAACAAGAUCAGGAGGAAGAGAGAUCUUCAAGAUCGGACAGUGAAUACAGAGCCUGCACUGACUCUAAAAACAGGUAUAGAAGUGGGUAUCCAGCCAGUCCCAACCAACCUCAUUACUGCUCUGCAGACUCCCAGAAAGCAAAAGCUGUCAAAGAACUUCCGGCUAUGAACACCUCAGCUAACAGAAUAGCCGCAGCAUUUAGACCUAUACAGCAUAAUAUGAAAUAUAGCACUGAAUUUUGCAACUCACCUUUCGACACCACACAUAGCAAGCCAGUGAUUGAGAUCUGGCCACAGAGGGAUUGCACUGAUGCUGAGGCAAAGGCAUUACCUAUUAAGACAGACUUGAUACCUGUAUCUGCUUCCAUGGUCUCAUUGAUGAAUUUCCCAUCAUCAGUCUCACUCGGUGAACACUCCAACCACCCGUCAAAUACAGGACAACUAGACUGCAAUAUUAAAGCAGUGCCAGGAUUAUUGCCUUUUAAACCAGCUCCAACAGUACAGCGCAUACCAACUCCUCCACAAUUUCAACAAGGACAUGCCAUGUGGAACAGGGCAAGUUGUGAGCAAAGGUCCAACUCACCAACUCUAAGAGGCAUGUACCGACCACCAUCACCGAUGCUAGCUAACCCAAUGGGAGACUGGCAAUACAUGUCUGUUCAGGAUCCAGACAAUGGUGUCAGGAAAGGGGCCGAGUUGUUGGUGACUAAUUUGGAUAAUAAGAUGUCAAGGCAGGACCUGAAGAAAUCCCUCUUAGCAAAACUGAAUGAACAUUGCAAGGUGCUUCAUUUGAUCUUUGGUAGCCCAGUACCAGGACGUUACCAGGCUGUUGUAAGAGUACCUAGCAUUCCUGAUGCCAUAAGAGCCAUGGCUAACAUCAACAGAUGUCAAAUUGGCACCAGAUUACUUCAUGUGUCUCUCUUGAUGCCUACAGAUUCUAAUGCUGAUAAGCUCAGGCUUAUGAUCAUUCCAAUGCUCCAAGAAAUUCCAGGAAUGUGUCAACCACUUUGUGAUUUGAAAACCUCAUUUGAACGCAGAUAUCGACAGAUACUGUAUGUUGGUGAUUUGUAUCACAUACCUGAUACUCUUACCAUAAGAGAAACAUCAGUGGGUAAGGUGGUGGCCCUAACAACGCAGAGUAGACCAAGUACACCAAACUCAGACAUUCAUUCACCAGGAGGGAUCCAGUCACCAGCUUCAUUCUUCAUAUUCAAGGAGCCUUUACCAGAGCCAUGUGAACCAUUUUGUUCCAUCCAUGAUUGUCAAGACACUCUGCAAUACAGACAUGUGACACAAGACCCAUUUGUCAUCGUGUCCAUCCGGACAUUUUCUUCUCAGGUUCACACUCUGCUGCUAAUGCACAAUGGAAAGAUACCACUAAUCAGUUUUAUGGUUUGUUAUGCUGCUGAAUUCUCAACAUUAACAGAGGACUUUGAAAAUGGAGUACCUUUGGAACACUUGUUGACCUGUAUCCAAGGUGUACGAGUAGGAGUGAGUCGAGACGGCUUCAAAACUGUGUGUUGGGAACAGAGUAAACCACAGCCAGAAACUGGAAGCAGAAGCAGCACUCCUUUGCUACCUCCACAGUUAUUCCAGUUUAGUAAGGAGGCAGUUGAGCUUCUCAAACACACUCCAAGAUGCAGACUGGCCUUCUCAAAGUUCAUUCCCAGCUACCAUCAUCACUUUGGUCGUCAGUGCCGUGUAGCAGACUAUGGCUUUCUUAAGCUCAUAGAACUUUUUGAUGCAAUAUCACACGUGAUGCAGGUACUUGGGAUGACUGAGAAUAAACUACUGACCCUGACCCACCGUACACAGAUCAAACGAUUCUCACAAGACUUACUUAAAGUGCUCAAGUCACAAGCCAGCAGACAGGUAAAAUGCUUUUUGAUUUAUCAAUUUUUAAAAAUAUUUUGAAUUAAUUUUUUUUUA